UUGUAUUAGAUAGAUUUUUUUUUUCUCCCGUCUUUUUUUUUUUCGUGAAAACUCAACUUUUUUGUCUCGUUUUUUUUCUUCCUCGAUCCAGCCAUCUGUCCGACGAAAUCGGAAGCAAACGGAGGACGAAGAUUGAGCUCGGACUCCUUGAUCCGGCGUGACAUUCAUCUCCACCGACGCUGGUCAAUUGGCGAGUUUGAUGAAGCAAAUCGGCGGUUUUAGGGUUCUUUGUUCUAAGCUAAAUUGGGGUUAAUUGAAGGAGAUUGUUGCUGCCGUCGUUUGUGGAUUCAAAUUUGCCAGGAAGAAAUUCACUCUGAAGUAAGUGCACACUAUCCGUUGAUCAUGAAGGCGCUCCCUUUGGACUUGUCUCUCUUUGCAGGAAUGUUGUAUCGUUUAGUGAUGGUUUACCCGAGAAAGGCAACGACUCUUAUUGAAAAUGGACUCAGAGAAAGAGUCAUUUUAAGAGUUGAUGGAGGCUUAAAGAGUGGUGUUGAUGUUCUAAUGGCUACAGCUAUGGGUGCUGAUGAAUACGGAUUUGGUUUCUUGGCAAUGAUUGCUACUGGUUGUCUUAUGGCUCGUAUUUGCCACACUAAUAAUUGUCUAGUGGAUGUAGCAAGUCAGGUAGACUCAUUAGAUCCUGUAAAAUUUCCUUGCCUUCUUGUUCAUAUUCUCUUAAGUUUUUAGAGUGUAUGUCAAGUUAUAUAUUUGCAACACAAUUAGCUAAUACACAUUUUUUCAAAAUUUAAAAUUUUUAGAUCCUCACUUUAUGGAUCUACCAUUGGACUCUCUCAAAAUUAUAAAACAUUCAAAGUGUCUAAUUAGUUUCAAAUUUUGUAUUAUUUAUCAUUAUAAAUAA